AUGUCGCACUACACACUCCGCAGAGCACACGCAGACAAUCACUACGCUCUACCCCAACGGCAAGCGUCAACUACUUCAACAGUAUCAUCAGCCUAUUCCGCCGCAUCCAGUGCAUAUCUUCCGAGUCGAACCAGCACGGUGACCUCAACUAACUCCAGCGUCUACUCAACAGGCGGGCCGGGGCACAAGAGGGGAAUCAGUGACGCUGGUGGAAUGACUCCUACGCGGACAUACGGCGGCCACAGCAGUGCCGAAAACAGCCCCGACAAUCCCUAUCGACAUAUUCGCCAAAGCUUGAGGGCUCUUCCACAGCCCCCGUCUCCGAAGGCGACACCGAAUGCCCGACGACCCAGUGGCCAUCAUGCUCGGGCUCAUACUGUCGAUCGCUUCCCUCAAAACUACUCCGAAGACCCAACCAUGGAAAAACAUUUGCAUGAGCACCAUAACGAGAUGAACCCAUCGAGGCCACACCUGCAUCAUGCUCUCACAAGCCCCCAUGCCACAACGUUCAAAGCACCAGAUAUAGAAGAGCUGCAAAAGUCUUCCACAUCGCAUCUAAGAACAUUGUCAAGAUUUGCCAAGGAUGGCGACGCCGAAGAAUUCGGGAUUGCUGCUGCUGGCCAUUCUGUUGUUGGACUACACAAUCGGAGACAGUUGAAACGCACCGACCCUGUGGCCCAGGGCGGUCGCACGAUAGCUAAGAGCUACGGCUGGGGCGAGAGAAACUGGAUGGACAAACAGCGACAGUUUCUCCAGGCUUACGAAUAUCUCUGCCACGUGGGAGAAGCUAAAGAAUGGAUCGAGGACAUUAUCAGCAAACCUAUCCCUCCAGUUGUUGAACUGGAAGAGGCACUGCGCAACGGUGUGACUUUGGCGGAGAUUGUUCAAGCAUUCCACCCUGACCAGACGCUGAGAAUUUUUCGCCAUCCGAAAUUGCAAUACAAGCACUCCGACAACAUUGUCUUGUUCUUCCGCUUCCUUGAAGAAGUUGGCCUACCAGACCUUUUCCGUUUCGAACUCAUCGAUCUAUAUGAGAAGAAGAACAUUCCCAAAGUCAUCUAUUGCAUCCAUGCCCUGUCGUGGCUCCUCUACCGUAAGGGAAUGGUCGACUUCCGGAUUGGAAAUCUGGUGGGCCAGCUCGAGUUUGAGCAUCACGAACUGGAACAAACCCAGCGUGGCCUCGACAAAGCAGGCGUUAGUAUGCCUAGCUUUUCAGGGAUGGGUGCGAGCUUCGGCGCUGAGCCGGAGCCGGAGCCAGUUGAGAAAGAAGAAGAUCGAAUCGACCGAGAACUGCAUGAACAGGAAGCAGUCAUCCUGGACUUCCAGAACCAGAUCCGAGGUGCUCUAGUCAGGCUACGAUUGGGAACCAUGAUGCAACAGCUUUGGGACUCGGAGGAAUCCUUGAUAGAGCUUCAAUCCCACAUCCGUGCUGACUGGGCAAGGCAGAUCCUGGGCUACCGGCUUGAUAUGCAGCGUUUCGCGACACGCCUCCAAGCCGUGGCUCGAGGGUUCAUAGAACGUUCUAAUCGACGAAGAAAAGAAGAGCAGUGGAGGGGAAGUGAAAAAGAUGUUCUGAAGCUUCAAAGUCUGUUCAGAGCUGGUAAGGCCCGGACUGAAUCUCGAACGUUGAAGUCCCAAAUUCGAACACAUGACGCCGGCAUCCGCAGCCUUCAAGCUGCUAUUCGGGGUGCCCUAUCGAGGCGAGACGCAUUCGAUCAGUACGAAGCCACGAGAACGGUAGAAAAUGAAGUCGUCGUUUUGCAGGCCAAGAUCAGAGGUAUGCUUGCACGGGCUCGAGUUCAGAGAACCCGUGCAACCUUGGAACGACAAACCCAGGCUAUUACACACAUCCAAGCCUGUGUGCGCUCAAUGCUCACCAGAAUCUCCCAGGAUAGACUUCGGAACGCGCUCCAUGACUUCUCUGUCAAAUGGACUACCUUGCAGGCUGUGGCUCGGGCCGGUUUGGUUCGACAGGAGCUCGCCAGGCUGAUGCAGAAACUCCAGUCCCAAUCUGCAUCAGUUAGCCGAUUUCAAGCCAUUCUCAGAGGUGCAAACACGAGAGAGGCUUACAGCUCGCUCAGGCUCUCCUUGUUGAGACAGUCAACAGCGACCAUUCCAGUCCAAGCUGCGAUUCGAAGCUUUCUCCUGCGCAGCCGCCUGAAGUGUCAAAAAGUCCAGUUGGCUCGAUACACAAGUCAAGUUGUGCAACUACAGGCGAUGUCUCGAGGUGCAAUCCUGCGGCUACAGACUGCCGAGACACUUAGUAAACUGGACAGCCACCAAGACCAGGUGGUGCACUUACAAGCGUGCGCUCGUGCCAUGCUCUGUCGGAUUACCGUCGCUGAUCUGCUCGGCGACUUGGAUGAGCACCAGGCAGCCAUAAUCCAGUUGCAGGCCUUUAUCAGAGCCACAGCUAUACGCUCCCGAUUCGCAGAAAAGAGACGACACUUCAAAGAGAAUAUGGACAAGGUGGUCAAAAUCCAAAGCGUGGUCCGAGCGAAGAUUCAAGGCAAGGCCUACAAAAGCCUUACUUCGGGCAAAAACCCGCCGGUUGGGACUUUAAAGGGAUUUGUGCACCUCUUGAAUGACAGCGACUUCGACUUCGAAGAAGAAAUCGAGUUUGAGCGCCUUCGCAAGACUGUGGUCCAGCACGUCCGGCAAAAUGAGCUUGCAGAUCAAUACAUCACCCAGCUCGACAUCAAGAUCGCGCUGUUGGUUAAGAAUAAAAUCACCUUGGACGAAGUGGUCAAGCACCAAAGACAUUUUGGUGGCCACGUUGGGGCACUUCUGCCGAACUCUGACAUUGCUUCGAAGGAUCCAUUUGACUUGAAAGCUCUCAACAAGACGUCCCGUCGAAAGCUUGAGCACUACCAGGAACUGUUCUUCUUGCUUCAAACACAACCCCAGUAUCUGUCGAGAUUGUUUAGGCGUAUCAGAGAGCAAGCCACAGCUGAAAAGGAGUGCGACCGCAUCAAACACCUUGUCAUGGGACUAUUCGGCUAUGCGCAGAAACGACGAGAGGAAUACUAUCUUGUGAAACUGAUUGUCAGGUCUAUCAAGGAGGAGGUUGAUUGCUCUUUGUCCCUGCAAGACUAUUUGAGAACGAACUCAUUUUCAAACAAGCUUUUUGCAGCUUACAGCAGAUCUGCUCGAGACCGCAAAUUCCUCAGAGAUGUUUUGGGCCCGUUGGUCAAGGAGAACAUCAUCGACAAUACCACCCUAGACCUGGAGAGUGAUCCUCUUCAAAUCUACCUGUCCGCCAUUAACAAUGAGGAACUCAGGACUGGUCGUCGGAGCCAGAGAGAUCCUAAUGUGCCCAGAGAGGUGGCCAUUCGAGAUCCCGAAACACGGUCAACGUUUAUUGCACAUAUGCAAGAUCUUCGAGAUAUCACCGACCAAUUUUUCCUCUGUCUCGAAGACUAUCUACACCGAAUGCCGUUUGGUGUCCGCUUUAUUGUUCAGCAGACGCAGGAAUAUCUUGUGGCCCGUUUCCCUGGCGAAGAUGCCGAUUUUGUGCUCCAGCUGGUAGGACAAUGGCUCUGGCGCGGUUACCUACAACCUGCGCUUGUGGAGCCGGAGAAGUUUGGUGUUGCUGAUCGGGCAUUGACCCAAGAACAAAAAAGGAAUCUUGGGGAAAUCGCCAAAGUGUUGAACCAGGCAGCCUCGGGGCGUGAAUUCGGCGGCGAUAAUGUCUAUCUUCAGCCGUUGAAUAACUAUAUUCGCGAGGCUACUGGGCGGUUCCGGACGCUCUGGAGUCAUGUUGUCUCCAUACCAACUGCGGAAGAACAUUAUGACAUUGACGAAUUCAACGACCUCUAUGCUAAGACCAAACCGACUCUGUACGUCAAAAUGUCCGACAUCUUUUCGAUUCACAAGUUGCUGUCCCAAGAAAUCAGUACUCUCUGUCCCAGUCAGGACGAUGUUCUUCGGGAUAUCCUCAGGGAGCUGGGUAGCGCCCAAAGCAAUGAGAGCGAGCUCCGUGGAGUUAGCUCCGGCGAGAUCAGCCUGACGUUGACUCCCAAAUUGCUUAGCGUCGAGGACCCUGACUCCGAGGUCAAGGCUCUUUUCACGGAGACAAAGCGAUGCGUACUUUAUAUCAUUCGUGUGCAGUCCGGGGCCAACUUGCUCGAGAUACUGGUCAAGCCGAUUUCUCAAGAAGACGAGGACAAGUGGGAAGUUUUAGUGCAAGAAGAGCUUCAUCCAGGUAGCAAGCGCCAUGGGGCGUACGCGGAUGGCAGCAGCCAUCUCGACAUCAGCGCCCUAUCGUACCGCGACCUCAAGCGGAUUGCCUUGGAAAAUGUUUUGCACCUCGAAUCAAUGGGUCGUCUGACGCGGACAAAUCAUUACCAAGACCUUCUCAACGCCAUUGCCGUCGAUAUCCGUACGAAACACCGCAGAAGACUCCAGCGCCAGCGAGAGUUGGAAAAUGUUCGAACCACACUGGCGCGUUUGAAUGAGCAAGCUGUGUACCUCGAACAGCAGCUCAAGACGUACAACGACUACAUUGAGCAAGCGAUGGUGACUCUCCAGAACAAGAAGGGAAAGAAACGAUUUGUCAUGCCCUUCACGAAGCAAUGGGACCACGAGAGAGAACUCCAACGCUCCGGACGCUCGUUCAAGUUUGGAUCAUACAAGUAUUCGGCACGUACGCUUGCAGACAAGGGUGUUCUUGUGCAUUGGCGUGGAUACAAUGAGCGACAAUGGGACCGGGUAGACCUGACCAUUUCUUCCAACGAAGUGGGAGUGUUCACCAUCGAUGGAAGCUCCGGCAACAUGAUGAUUCCUGGAGCGAAUGCACAGGUACCGCUGGACGACCUCUUGCAAGCACAAUUCAACAACACGCAAUUUCUGGAGUUCUUUGAAGGAGCGCUUCGGGUCAACGUCAACUUAUUCUUGCAUCUGAUCAUGAAGAAAUUUUAUAAUGAAUGA